GCUGGAGCCUGAAUUGUGCAGGAGAGUUCAUGUGCAGCCCGGUCCCUGCGCGCUCCCAGAAGCAUUCCAGAGCUCGGCGCUGCUUUAUGGCGAUGCGGGGAAGGGGAGCAGCACCCCGGGCUGGUGAUAACCCUUGGGACACAUAAAUAUCCCCGUUCUGCGAGCAUCUGCAGGGAAAGAUCGCCCAGAUCGCUGCCAGCCCGGGUGUAAGGUGGGACACGGCGAAGGGGCUGCGAGCCCUCUGCCCGGCGCUGAUGCCAGGCUGGCACAAAGGCUGCACCACGUUCUGCCAGCUGCCCUUGUCCCCCCAGCCGGCUCCCUGUCCCCCAGGAGGGACGUGGCGUUGUGUUUCCAUUGCACCCCUCCUCACCCCGGAGAGGAGCCCCCGGCGAUGAUGUUUUUUCGCAGCCAAAGGUGCUGACGAGGCUGGGGGGAGCCCGGCCGAGCUGCCGCCAGAGCUCGGGCUCAGCCAAGCCCGUGUGAUCGCAGCCAGACCUGUGCAGACACCUCGGUGCUCGCUGGUGUCACAGGGAGCCGGGCUGGGCUUUGGGCUCUGUUUCGAGGAGCAGAGGGGUGCAGGGGGUCCAUCAGCAGCGUGUCCCGAGGGCCUGGACCAUGUUCCUGGAGGUGCAGCCAGCAUCUUCCCUCUGUCCAGCACACAGUGACGGGGAGCCCCGGCGGGGAAAUGCAUCCUGAAUGGGGCUGAGGCCCCCUGCUCGGGAAUAUGCAGCCUCGGCACCGCGGGGGCAGCACCAGGGCAGCGGCCGGCGCCAGGCGGGAUGGUGGCAACCUUCAAGAUCGCCGUGCUGGGGGCGCAGGGCGUGGGCAAGAGCGCCAUAGUCCGGCAGUUCCUGUACAACGAGUUCAGCGAGGUGUGCGUGCCCACCACGGCCCGCCGCGUCUACCUGCCCGCCGUGGUCAUGAACGGCCACGUGCACGACCUGCAGAUCAUGGACUUUCCCCCCAUCACCGCCUUCCCUGUCAACACCCUGCAGGAGUGGGCGGACGUGUGUUGCAGGGGGCUCCGGAGUGUCCAUGCCUACAUCCUGGUCUAUGACAUCUGUUGCUUUGACAGCUUCGAGUACAUCAAAACCAUCCGCCAGCAGAUCCUGGAAACAAGGGUCAUCGGCACCUCGGAGACACCCAUCAUCAUCGUGGGCAACAAGCGGGACCUGCAGCGGGGCCGGGUGAUCCCGCGCUGGAACGUCUCCAACCUGGUGAAGAAGACGUGGAAGUGCGGCUACAUCGAGUGCUCGGCCAAGUACAACUGGCACAUCCUGCUGCUCUUCAGCGAGCUCCUCAAGAGCGUGGGCUGCGCCCGCUGCAAGCACGUCCACACCACCAUCCGCUUCCAGGGCGCCCUGCGCAGGAACCGCUGCACCAUCAUGUGAGCCCCCUGCCCCAGGGACCCCCCUUCUGCCCCCAGGGACCCCCCGUUCUGCCCCCAGGGACCCCCCCUGCCGCUCCCCCGGCGCUGGGAGCUGUGCUGGAGGCACCCCGGGGUCGCUCCCCCUGCGGUGACAUUUGGGGACGGGGCGCCUCGGGCAGGGUGAUGCUGCCUGGGGAUGGUGUGGGGUGAGGGAGGUCCCUGAGCUCUCUCCAGUCCUGCAGUGCUUGAGGCCAAAGCCAUCCCAGGGGGGUGUGCAGAGCGCUGGAGGAUGGAGGAGGUGCCUCAGAGGGUGCCCAGAUUUUGGCUGAUGGUUCAUCCUUGCCCUGGCAUCCCCUGCUGCUGGAAGGGAAUUAUCCAGCGCCUGUAUCCCGCUGUUCUGGGGGUGGUUCUGUCUCUGGGGCACAGGGAAACAGGAGUCCUGCUUUUCCCCUUUGUGGAGCUGGGAUUUGUCCCUGUGGAGGGCAGAGCAGCCAGGUUACACGAGCUGUGUUUUGGCUUGGUCGGGUCAGAUUUCCAGGUGGAAUUUCUGGAUGGAAGCAAGAAAGGGGGGAAAAACUAAAUCCCAGUCCUGCUGCUGACAUCCCCAGGAGCUGUGUUCUGCUUUCCCAGGGCUCUGAGCUCCCCUGUGCCCCAGCACAGCCCCGAAGGCUCCUCCUCCCCCCAGCCUGUGAACACCAAAUAUCUGGGAACGCUCCUUGCCGGGCAGGUCACCCCUCUGCUACCUCUCGUCCUGGGCUCAGCAGGUGCCCGGGGUGUCCGGGCAGGUGACAACCCCUGUGUCACCGCAGCCACCGGCAGUGCCACCAGGUCCCACCCUGCCGGGAUUUCCCCCAGGGAUGUCACCUCCAUCCCGGUGACACGCGGCCGUGGCAGCAGCAGGGAGCUGGAGCAGCACUUCCAGUUGCAUUCUUGGGGUUUCUUUUCUCUCUGCAUAUCCCUAAUAGGAAAGUGAGCCCCCCUUUUUUUUAUUAUUGUUAUUUUUUAAUCUUCUGGUUUAUGUUUGCACCAGAGUUGCAGGUUGCCUGCACCCUGCCCUGCAGGGCAGGUUGGCAAAGGGCAGCCCCGUUGGGAAAUGAUGAUGGGGUGGUGAAAGGCGAGCAAGAGGCUGAGGGGGUCGUGGUUUCUCCAUGGCUGGUCCCUGUGAGACACAGGGAAGCACCAUCCUCACCUCCUGAGGCAGGAUUUGUGUCUAAUCCAUCCUCCAGCCAAUCCAUCUCUGUGAUUCCUGCUGUAGCAAGGAGCUGGAGGGGCUCAGCACUGCUCUGGGCAGCAAAACAGGGCACCCACCACAGCCAGGUGUCCAUGGCCCAGCAGCUCCUCUGUGCUCUUGGAAAUGCUUCCCAUUAAAGCAGCUCCAGCUGAGCCCCAGUGCCUCUCACCGCCCCAUCCCUGAGCCAGGGCUGGGAGAUCAUCCUGCUCCUCCCUCCCUGCUUAGGGAAUCAAACCCCUUACUCCAAAAUUAAAAAAAAAAAAAAAAAAAAAAAGGAAAAAAAUUAAGAAAGGCAAUGGGGGGACUCGGGUCCAUCUCAGCCAGGAAGGGCAGUGGCAUUUGUCACCAUCCCUGCCUUCAUGGCAAACCUGGCUCCCCCAUCCAAGCUCAUCCUGUCAGGAUUUAUUAACACGUGUAAGUCCACUUAUCGAUCUCUGGCUAGAGCUUUAUGCCUCCAAAUUGUCUGAGAAGGAAAUUCCUUGGUAAAUGCUAAUAAUAAAGCAUUUAUGAAGUGCUCUGACGUACACAUAUCAACGACUAAGCCAAUACAUUGUUUGUUAUAACCCUGUAGCCUGCAGUUUAUAGCACAAUUAGUUACAGGUUUUUAUAGCAUCUAUUUAGUAUUUUGAAGAAAAAAACAAAAAAGGUUAUAAAUAUAAUUGUUAUAUUCUAUUGUACUUUAUAGACAGAGGAAGUUAUAUUAGUAAUAAUAACAACUCUCACUGCUUCGACAGCAUUUCCCAGGAAAACGAGGGCUACCAAGAGCUACUUCCCCAAGAGCCCAGGAAGGGGUGGGGGUGGUGGUGGCAGCCUGGGUGCAGGCAGGGAACCCCAGGCAGGAAGAUCUGAAGUGUCCAGGCACAGGGAUUGGAGCACACAGCGCCCUACUCACACCUUACUACAGAUUUACCACCCACCCACCACCACCCUGGUGCUGCUGAGAGCAGCCUGGGCCUGGCACAGGCUGGGAUGUCCCCAGGGCAGUGCCAGGUUCUGCCCCUGUGCUCCUGGAGGUGAUGCCUGGGUUCGGUUCGGCCCCACCAAGGAUUUUUCCCUCUCCCUCUCCUCCUCCUCCUGCCCCACUGAGCAUCCCAGUUGCCUGGACUUGGCUUUCCUUCCCCCCCUGGACUCCUUGUUGGAGAUUCUCAAGGUGUCUACACCGCCUGUGAUGCCCUGCACCUCCUUCUUUGAAAUUGAAUUAAAAAUCAGGUCUGUCCCCCUUGCUCUGUA